AUGUACUCGGCCGUGACAAAUGGACUUGGAGGGGGUGGUAUUGAAGCUCCAUUCCAUCCCACAACUAUUAAUCCUCAAGCUCUGAAUCAAGGAGCUCUCAACCCCGUCCAAGCAAUUUCACCAAAUGAAAUUCCUCGAGGAGUUAAAAGAAGUCGCUCUCCGGAUACAUAUAAUGAAAUACCACAGGUGGAUAAUCACAUAGAUGACGCCCGAAAGAGAGGAAGACCGAUGAAGUUGAAGUCGGCCGUCAAUACCUCAGAAAAUUCCAAACAAAGCCAAAUGCCACAUUCAACUUCAACCUCAAGCCAAAGUGGCCAGCCGCAGACUCCUCAGUCGCAGCAUGCGGUCUUACCUCAUAACCGUACACCGGGCUCAAACUUGGCUCAAACGCCCGUUCCUAAACAAACUCCCAAGCCAGUUAUCAAAGCUUUACCAACUGUGAGGGAUCAUACCACCGACCAGUUGGGUGCAGAGGGAGAUGAGUAUAUUCCACGAGAAUAUGAUGAGCAGGGUGAGAAGAAGGUCUCAGCUAUGGGCCAUUUGACAGAUGGACGCGAAUACAGGUGUCGAACAUUCUAUGUACCAAAUCGAGGAGAUAAACUAUUCAUGUUGGCAACAGAAUCUCUCUACAAGAUCAUCGCCACCCAAGCAGAGAAGGAAGAUUUAAUCCAUCAAGAAAUCUUACCUUUCUCUUACCGCUCUCGCCAAAUAGCGAUCGUUACUGCAAAAUCCAUGUUCCGGCAAUUUGGUAGCAGGGUUAUCGUUAAUGGGCGUCGGGUUAGAGAUGAUUAUUGGGAAACGAAAGCACGUAAGCAAGGGUUCACUGAAGAUGAUCUUGCUGGGGAAAAAAGACCGGGUGCAGCAAAAGCCCGAGAUGCCGCCGCUGCUGCCGAAGCCUCCGCUGCUCUUGCUGCAAGUCACCACCAUGGCGAUAUUUAUAGCAAUGGCCCGGGACAUUAUGGGUACCCGCAAGCAGCGGUUCCAUCUGCUAUGAUGGGUAUUCCUAGUGCCACUAACCCACUCCCCAUGAUAACCACUCUUGCGCCAGAACAAACUGAUAUGCGUUUGAGAGACUACAGCAGCAUUCAACGUCCAAGACAAGAACUAGCCGGGACCGCGUACCAAGACAGGACUCAACCUAGUUCACAUGCCGAUCUAUCAAAUCAUGUAAAUCAAGCAGCUGAAUAUAGUAAGCAGAUCAAUCAGCAACGAAGUCGUAGUCACGACUAUCUGGAACGAAGAUGGAGACAACCUCAUGAGGUCUCUGGAGGUAACAUUGUGCAAGCUACGGGUAAUCAUGACGGUCUUCCAUCUGCACAAACUUUGCGCUCGCCACGAGCAUCACAAAGUAUUGCGCAGCAACCAAUCUUGGCACAUCAGAACCCACAGAAUCUUUCUUACUCGCAAGCUUCUCAUCAACCUGGUAUUGUUUCACAGCCUCCGAUCAGAAGUGCACCAUCAAGACAGGAGCAAGCAGCAGGACGAUCUCCCAGCAUACCAAUUGCGUCUGCGAGCAAUAUGAAUCAAGGGACGAAUUCUUAUCAAUUCACGUCUCAGAAUCAGAUGUGGCCAUCAAGUCAACCACAGCAGCAGUCCCCACAGCAACAUGCGUUCAACCCAAGCUACCCAUCCCAUCCUAGUCAGCAAUCGCCACAUAUACAACAAUCUCCUCAUCAACCUCCCCCUCCACCACUUCGACAAUCAGGAAGCAAUCCUCAAAUGCAACCCGCAUUACAAUAUUCUGGUAUGCAAGGGAUGGGGCAAAAUUAUGCAGCGCCAAAUCGAAAUAUUUAUCAACCUGAGUCAAGCAAUCAUCAAUUUAUGCAACCUACAACCUCCGGCCCCCAGCCUAGCUCUCAAGGCUGGGCUCCACAACAACCUACUGGAACUAGUGCUGGCUGGGUUUGGACAGGUCAACGCAAUAGAUGGAGAUACAAGACGAUAUUGCAUAGUCAACGUUAG